AUGGCCGAUUCUAGCAAACUCCAUCCGGCCACUACUGUUAACAACAUCAAAGCAUGUAUUCCGGUGACUCUGGACUACAAGGGAACUCAAUACAACCUAUGCAAGACUCUUUUUCAACUCCACUGCCGUGCAAACAUGGUAAUUGAUUUUAUCAUUCCUCCUCCGGUUGAUCCCUCUGCCAAGAAACCCGACCAAACUGCUGCCGAUUUGGCUUUCUUGCAACGCCUUGAUGACAUUGUUAGACAGUGGAUUUAUGGGACAAUAUCCUUUGACUUAUUCAACACCAUCGCCAACCCCGAUGACAAGGCUGUCAACGCUUGGAAAAGGUUGGAGAAUUUCUUCCAUAAUAACAAAUCUGCUCGUGCUUUAACCCUUGAUGCGCAAUUCACAAACACCAAACUUGACCAAUUUGAUGGUGUUAAAUCAUAUUGCUCACAUCUCAAAGCCCUUGCGGAUAGUAUGAAAAACGUUGGUGACACAGUCUCCGACAAUCGAAUGGCUUUGCAACUUUUGAAGGGUCUCUCGGAGGAGUAUAAACCCUUUCGAACGUCCGUUCGUCAUCUCGAUCCCCUUCCUUCCUUUGAUGCGUUGCGUUCCAUGCUCGAACUUGAGGAGCAAACCAAUGCAUCCGACAUGUCCACACAAUCUCGUGGUGGAAAUUCUCGCAACAGUGGUCGGAAAAAUAAGGGAAAAGGCGGUGGUGGAAAGGGAAAAACUACCACUGCCGGGGGUGCUGGCCGGAACACCCAGCAGCAGCAGCAGCCCCCGCAGCAGCAGCAGCGCUGGGGUCCUGCUUCCCAACAGCAGCAACAGCCUGGGCAGGGGCGGAUGAUGCCCCCUCCUUGGCAGUACUGGAAUGCAGGGCCUUGGGCGUCUCCUCCCUGA